AUGUGCAAACAUGGAAACACACCCAGCAUACGACAAAGGGUCUUGCGUUGUAAGGACAUCGGUGCAUCGUUCACAAAACAUCGUGGCCGCACCGAUGUCGUUCCCGAUUACGCACCGAACAGACCGCGAGUGUAUUUGGACAUCGCCAUUAACGCGACGCCAGUUGGUCGCAUCGUGUGCGAACUGUUCAAUGAUGUGGUGCCACGGACAGCAGAGAAUUUCCGUCUUCUGUGCACCGGCAGCAGAGGGAUUGGCAAGCGAGGCAAAGCCCUCCAUUACAAAGGUGUCAAGUUCCAUCGCGUGGUGCCGAAUUUUGUGAUCCAAACUGGGGACUUCACGCACGGUGAUGGUACUGGCGGGGAGUCCGUGUACGGCCCAACCUUCCCUGAUGAAAAUUUGAACCUGAAGCACACAGCUCCGGGAAUCCUGAGCAUGGCCAACAGUGGCAAGGACACGAAUGCUUCGCAGUUCUUUAUUUGCAUGAAGGCGUGCCCCCACUUGGACGGCAAGCACUGCGUGUUCGGUCGGGUCAUUGAUGGAAUGGAUAUUGCAAGGCGCAUAGAAAGUUGUGGGCAAGAAAACGGUGUGCCUUCAGUUGCUGCUGUUGUGGAUGAUUGUGGCGAAAUCAAGGGGUCAGCAAAUGUCGCGAUCAGCGAGGACCUGGCAGGGCCAGGCCUCGGCGACCGCGCAGCGAAGCGCCGCAAGGCAGCAGACCAACCGGUGGAGGUCCAAGUACUGCACAUCAUCAAGAAGCACAGCGGGAGCAAGGAGCCAAAGGAUGCCAAUGGCCAGGAAGUCAAGGUGACAAAGGGCCGUGCCAAGUUGGCCGUGGGCAACAUCCGGAAAAAGUUGGCCCUGAGCACGGGCAUGUCCGCUCAACAGCGUGCGUUUGCAAGCUUUGCAAGGGAGCAAUCGGACAGCGCGGCCGAUGUGCAGAAUGGUGGAGAUUUAGGGAAGGUCGCCCCAGGCCAUCUACCAGCGGAAGUGGAGGAGGUUGCUUUCUCGUUGGCAUUGGGCGAAAUCUCUGAGCCUUUCGAGAGCCCUGAGGGCAUUCAUAUGCUGAUGAGAAUUGCAUGA